AUGCAACCGCUCAACUACCCUUGCAGCAGGCCUCGCCACGCUGGGCUGUGCCUGCCGCGGCGCAGCCCAGUUCACACCGCCAUCACCGCCGCUGCAUCUGCCCUGCUUCUGCUGCUGCUGCUCCUGCUGGCAGCGGCCCCGCGCCAUGUCGCGGCGCAGUGCACCACCAUACUGGUCGGCUCUGGCGCCACGGUCGACGGGUCCAUGAUCAUGGCGCGCAACGCGGACGCCGGCGAGGCGAUCAAGCCGGCUGGCCUCCUGCACCACCCCGCGCCCGGCAAGCCGGUCCACUUCCGGUCAAACAUCAACGCCUUCGCCGCCGACCUCCCCGCCGACGCGCUCGCGUACACCGCGUCCCCCUCGUUCUUCACGAUGGCCCCCGGCUCCCACAACCCCUCGUUUGAGUGCUGCGGCGUCAACGCCGCGGGCGUCAGUGUGACCGCGACGGAGACCAUUCUGCCAAGCGCUAAGGCGCUGGCCGCAGACCCCCUCGACGAGGAGCGGGGCCUUGGGGAGGACGGCAUCGUGUCCGUCCUGCUUCCGGUGGCGCGGAGCGCGCGGGAGGGGGUGGAGCUGCUGGGGGCGAUGGUGGAGGAGCGGGGGGCGUCGGAGGGCUACGGGGUGGCCCUCAUGGACCAGCGGGACCUCUGGUACUUUGAGAAUGGCGGCGGCCACCAGUGGCUGGCCCAGCGCGUCCCCGACGACUCCUACUUUGUGAGCGCCAACCAGGGCCGCUUCACCACCAUCCCCACGUCAGACUCAGACGCCCUCGCCUCGAGCGGCGUCCAGUCGUUCGCCCGCCAGCACGGCCUCUGCAACUCGAGCCGCCCCUUCAGCUUCUUCGAGUGCUACAUGCAGGACGACCCCUCGGACCGGCACUUUUACAACCGCCCGCGCGUGUCGCGGCUUCAGUUUCUGUACUCUGGCCACCAGGGCCCGGACUACCCCGUCUUCCUCAAGCCCAAGAAAAAGCUCAGCGUCUGGGACGUCGCCAGGGGGCUGCGGGACCACUUCCAGGGGACCCCUGGGGAGCCCUACUUUGCGCAGAACCCUGGGGGCCCCUGGCGGCCGAUCAGCCUGCUCAGGACGCAGCUGGCGCACGUCAGCGUGCAGCGGCCGGUGGGGGGAGGCCUGCCGGAUGAGCUGACCUUUGUGGAGUGGGUGGCGUGGGGCAUGCCCACGCUGUCGCCCUUCCUGCCCCUGUACCUGCGGGCGCUGCCGAAGGUGCCUGCACGUCUGCAGGGCCCCAGCGACCAGCCGGACGACACCACCCUCUACUGGAUUAUGCGGCGCCUGCAGGCUGUCGUGUUCCAGGACUUCCCGGUGCUGGCACCCCCGGCCAUCAAGGUCAUCACAACACUGGAGAGGGGCAUCGCCAAGGCCGCACGCGCCAUGGAGCACAGAUACAAGGCCAGUCUGGCGUCGGAGAACCCUGGGGCGGCCCCCCAGCUGGUGCAGGACUUCACAGACGCUGCGGUGGAGGUCACUGCCGCGGUCAUCUCGAAGGUGACCGCCCUGCUGGCGGCCAAGGCCGGCCUGGGCCCGCUGACUAACGAUGACUACGCGGCCAUGCUGGUGGCCGCUGAGCUGGAGUACCAUUUCCACCUGCCAGAGGGCCCCCAAGGCCGUGGCAAGAAGGACAAGAGGAAGGGGCCCGAGAUCAAGGGGGGUCUCGACACGGGAGCCGAGGGGGGGGCGGCGGCGGCAGCGGCUGGAGGGGGCGAGCCGCAGGAGGCAGGGGCAGCGCCCAAGUCGACGUGA